UGGGGAUCAAUCUGGUGGUGGGAACCCUGUUUGAUAGUUUUGGGUCUGAAUAUAUCAAAUGAUCAAGUACCAAAUUUUUUCACCCUCUUCUUGUUGCAGUGCUUCUUGCCAUGUUUCAUAAUACAUCUGUUAUAAGCUGAGCAAUACUUGGAGUUAAAGAGUAAAAACUAUGCCAUGAUUUCUGUGUUUAUUGUAACGAGGAGAUGGUGUUUUCUGAAACAGUUUGUUGACUAAAUAGGCAAAAAACUGCCUUUCAGUUUAUUAUUUCUUCUGACUUAUUUGGAUUUUUAAAAAACUUUUAGGCAAAUGUCACUUCCUAAGCAGAGUUCAUUCCAUAGACACAUUAAGAAAAAAGGUGAUAUCUUAAUUUAGGAAAACAGCAAAUAUAAACUAAAUGUAUUGCCAUUUGGCAAGAGACUUCUUAAAGUCUGCAGUAUUUGAAAAUUCAAGGAAGCCCUGAAUUAUGGGAGAGAGUUCAUGUCUCCUGUAGCCAGCUCUGUUCCAGGUUUAGUGGAUAGUGGACUUGUGCAGAAGCACCAGGGCAUAAGGAUCCACUGCUAAGAAAAAGUUGAGAGUCAACACAAAUGUUGUGUGAUACUGGUUGGCACUCUAGUGGUUGGGAAGAGAUUUUAAGUUCUGUGACUGACUGACUGACUACGUAGAAAGAGGGGGAGCGAAAUACUCACCCUUGGUGACCACUGUUCUGGAAACAUCAUUGCUAGCGUCCACCCCACAAUGUCUACUCUUGCCAUUUUUACAAAUGCUUAUCGGCUUGUUCUUAAAGUUCUCAGGAAGGUGUUGGAAAAUAAAGUUGUUGUUUUUUUUUUUUCUUGAAAGACCAGAGAAAAUGAAAUAAUUCCCUGUAGGAUGAUACACUCCUUUGGGGAAGCCUUAAUCAUGAUUUGGUUUCUGUGUCUGUAUUUCCCUUCCUUUCAUUCCUCCUUCUUCAUACUGUGAUGAUGUUCUUUUAAUACAAUUAAUGAGAGACAUCAAUUCAAAAGAGAAGGCAAGGAGUUCAAUUGUUUAAGCAGUUGAGACAUCUCCCAUGACUACUUCUCUUUUCUUAACCUUAUGCACUGUUGUUACUAAACAUUGGUUUUUUGAGAACUCAGAUCUUGGUUGAUUAGCCUGCUAAAGUCUUGCAUAGAGAAAAAGAAAAGGUAUCAAUAUCUUACAGGAAAAAAACUAAUGAUAAUAACCGUCCCGCUUUAGAAUUGUUUUCUUGUCAUCUUCCACCAGUUUGGGCUUCCACAUUAAGCUUGGGCUUAAUGUGUCUAUGGAACUCCUUGCUUUCUGCCUUAUGUAUCUGCAUGGAGUUUGUAUUAAUAUGAUAAAGAUAUCUAAGAUGCAGAUUAAAAAUCAAAAAGAUAUUGGACUUUAAAGCUUGAACAUAUUGCAGAUACAUGGAGUUACUAUCUUUACCCACUCGCAUUCCAUCACAAUCUAUUCCUUUCUGGUCAUGUGGAAUAUAUCUGUGGCCUGCUGGCGAUGAACCAUUGCAGCAUGGAAGAUCUAUAUUGAAAGCAAAAAUGCAUGACAAGAACACAUAUCUUAAUAUAAUUUGGAAUGCAUUUAUUUGUUAUUCAUGUACGGAACCCCCAGCAUCAUGUAUCAGAAACACAAUGUGUAAUUUCUUCUUUUUUUCUUCUCUGUCUCUCCUACUCUCCUGUAUGUGUGGUGUGUGUACAUACUUUAAACAUGAUGUGUGUAUACACAUAUACAUAUUUGUAUUGACCUAUUUUGUAACUGUUGGGUUUUCUUUGUUUUCCAUGUGGCAUUAAAAAUUUACUUCUAGGCCAGGCAUGGUGGCUCAUGCCUAUAAUCCCAGCACUUUGAGGGGCUGAGGCAGGAGGAUUGCUUGAACUCAGGAGUCCUAGACCAGUCUGGGCAACAAAGUGAGACCCCAUCUCUACAAAAAAAUUAAAAAUUCAGGCAAGUGUGAUGGCACAUGCCUGUAGUCCCAGCUACUUGGGAGGCUAAAGUGGGAGGAUUGCUUGAGCCCAGGAAUUCGUGGCUGCAGUGAGCUAUGAUUGCACCGUUUUACUCCUGCCUGGGCAACAGCAAGACCCUGUUUUUAAAUAAAUGAAUAAAUAUAAUAACAAUAAUAAUUACUCCUACUAGUUUUUUUUUCCUCUUUGUAAUAAUAUUAGGUGUAUAGAAAUAUGGGGUUCAAACUCAAGAAGCUGGGAAAACAGAAAUCACAUACUUUACAUUUUAGAACACCUGGAAUCCAUUGGGCUCUUAGAGUUUUGUAGUUGUAAUUUAGAAGCAGAUAAAACAAAGGACUAUCCAUGGCUGAACAGUCGGCAUUGUGAGUGAGAAUGGCCUGAGGUGGCGCCAGAGAGUCUGGUCUGCGUAGCAAGUUUGAAGCAGGCUGGGUUCUCCUGGAGAUGGGCCUCUGUUAGGGCAGUGGCUGGGGGCGGGGGGGCAGGAGGGUGGGAAAUGAUACUAAAGGGGUAUGCCACCAGCUUGGGUGGAAGCUGGUGAAAUGAGAACGCUGUUGUGUUUCCCACCUGGUGUUUUAAAGCAUACCCAAGGUACACACAGUGCUUGGUCCUCUAGAAUGCCAUUUGGAGCCGUUCUCCUGUAAUGCCUGCCAUUGUAGGGACCAGACAGAUUUGGGACACCUAGGAGUGGUAGUCUGGCCUGAGGAGCUUGCUAUCAUAAGCCAUUGAGGACAAUUCUAAGAAGGGUGUAGUAUUUGACAUAUUAAAAAUAUCCAUAUGUUUUCUAAAAGAUGUAAGAGGAAGCAGCUUGGGAGGAAAGAAUGACAGGAAACUUUUUGCAAAGAGUGCCUGUUUAUGUUCAUUCAUAUCAUGGAAUGGAUAUAUAGGUAGUAUCAAUUUUUACAUAUUGUGUGUGUUUCAAAAGCCACAUUUGUAUUUUGAAAAAGAGGUAUUUUUAAAAUGCUGCUAUAGAUGAUGCUGUGCACCUUUAUAUAUUGGUAUCUUUGUUAGUAAGAGGAAAGUUAUUUUAUUAAGUAAAAUUGCUGCUUUUAGAGAGUAUCUGCUCUUAUUUUUAGUUUUUCUUGGUCAUGUUUGAGGGGUCUGAUAGCAUUAAUGGGCUUUACCCCACAUGGAGCUUUGAGCUUAUUGUAGCACUGCACACUGAUCCCAGGUCAGUGUGAUGCGUGAAAUCAAUUUAUUUGAAUCUCUUUGCCUCUAUAGGAAUUUGGCAGCAUGCCAGUUGUUUUCAUUUAAUGUUCUUUGUGUUGAACACAGACAAGCAGGCAUGCUUUUGUAUUCUUCUCUCUUUUGGUCUCUGUCUCUUUCAGCCAAUAUUUUACUGUAUGGAUUUUGAGAUGAAAGAAGAGUAUAUUAUUUAUAUGAUUCUAAUCAUUGUUUAAUUAUAUAUAUGUAUAUAAAUAUACCACUUUCUUAUCUUUUAAAGGAUAUGUUUGAUAUUCCUGAGUUUGAAUGGUGACUUUGCACACACAAAAUAUUUUAGAGUUUGUUUAAAUAAAAUUUUUGGUGAAACAUAAUAAACCAGAUCAUAGAUGGUAUUUGCUUACAUUAAUUACCACUAUCAAAAUUUAAAAUAACAAUGUUAAUUAUGUAACACAACAAAUGUUUAAUUUGUAAACUGGACUAUCAAAAUCAUUUAUUUCUUGGUGAGCCUUCUUUGAAUUUGAAGAUUUACACUUUAAUCAAGCAUGUUAAAAAUUAUAAUUAUUUGAGUAUAAUUUUCUUUGAUCCAUCUUGAUUAAGAUACCAGUGUUUUACACAGAUUUGGUGUAUAUGAAUUUUUAUGAAGUUUCUGCCAUUAAGGUACUUUUUUUUUUUUCUUAAAAUUUGGAGGGUAAUGACUGGGAAUAGCAUAGAGAUUUUUAUGACAAAUAAAAUCAGACCUUUCUCUGGAUGUUUUUAUAGGCAGGACUUGUUUCUGGGUCAGCUUUAGGAAGAGGUGGAGAAGGAAAUGAGAGAGAGUGAGAGGAGAAUGUUCUGUUGAUGCUCCGGGCAGUUCUUGCGGAAGUUGAUAUGCAGAACCAUGGAGCCGCAGCUUCGGGGUCAGGCUCAUACCCAGCAGCCCUGCUUCCUUGUUUAAUUACCUGAAGAGCAAAACAGUCAGGCUGGGAGUGUGUGAAAACCCAGUAUCUCUCACAGCCGCCUGGCGCUCUGACAUCCUGCAAGGCCAGCCCUGUCUGUCCGCCAGCGUCAGGCUGGCUCAAACCCUGGGUUCCUUUCUUUCGGGAGGCAUUGUGUGGAAGAGGGUUUGGUCAGGAAUUUGAGGUUCCUGCCAAUGCUGUGUCCCCUGCUCUCCCCUUGUGGACCACACUGACAGACAUGCUUGAUUAAAAAAAAAAAAGAUCUAAGAAUUUGGCUCUAUUUUACACUUCUGGCCUUGCUAUGAAACAAUCUGUUUCAGCAGCAACAGACGUUAACCAGUAGAGGGCUGGCCUUAGUUUGUUGGGUUCUUAUUUUCUGAGUUCCCAUUAUAUAGUGUCCUAUGUGUGUUGCUCUUUUCCGGUCAGACUCAUUAGUAGUCUGGUGUGGAGCUAGUAGUUCAGAGAUUGCUUUUAUGAGGCGGUUUUGGAAUCUUAAUCUGCCCAUGAAAAUAGAAUAGUCCACUUUUAAAAAAAGGUGAUAGAACUUUUGCACUUGGAUGUUUUUUCCUUUUCUUGGAAUUGGAAUAUGGUCUUUGACAUUUGCUGUGGGAAGGGCCAUACUCUUUGAUGAAGCUGGAGGUGGUGAGAAAUAAUAUUUGCACAGUAAUGUGUGGCCAAUUUGAGGGUAACAUGGGAUAAAUAUUCUGAGAAGUGCUUGGAGAUGGAGCCAUUUGGGAGAUCCCAUGAAUAUAAGAGGAUUUUAUCUUACCAAGAGGAAAUCUGUCCACAUAGUGGGCUGAUGAAAUGUCUUUGCUGUGGGUUGGGAAACAAAGGUGGUGGUGGUGGUGUUUCCUGCAAAGGCAGGGGAAAGUGUGACUACAUGUGCAGUGAUUUGGUUUUUCCAACUACUUCAUUAGGAUUCUGUCAUGCAGACUGAAGGGCAUUUACCCUUUAGAUGCACAUAUGUGCCUCCCAUUAAUGUUAAUAGGAGUUAUGGGCAUGUAAACAGAGCAGUAUAUACCUUUGCCUAGUGCAUAAGCACAACUCCAAGGAAUUGAUUCUGUCCUUUGCAAAAAAUAAAGAGAUUGGGCUUUGCAGGGAAGAUUUUGGUGGGAAUUAUUUUAAAAACUUGUUUUUCAUAUCACAUUUAUGGAAGUAAUGUCAAUAUUUUAUAUAUUUGUUUACCACUCCAGUAAAACAUAUAUAAUAAUUUAAAUAAUUGCAUUAGCCUGGUGUGCCUUGUGAUGGAGCUGGCAUCAUCGUGAUCUAUUAUGCACAGCGUAAGUAGCCCUGCCAUAAGUGUUAUGUGUAUCCUCAGGCAUGUGCGUGUUUAUUUAUGUAUCAGCCUGCUGCAUUUCUUUUAGAGUAUUUCUCUUUUCAACAUCAGUAUAAAUAUGAAAAAAGAAAACAUAAAUAUAUUUUAAGCCACAGCCAAUAUUCCUAACUAGUGUUCUCCUCCACCAACAAACUCUUGGCAGGUUUCUUUCAAGCUCCAACUUUUUUGUAGUUUUGUCCACGUGGAGUCUUCUUAAAUGCAGGUAACAAUAGUAACAUUAGGACCAUGUGUAGCUUUAAGCUUUGGCAGCAGAGAAUGUAUAAUGUGAGAAAAAUGUGGAAGACUGAAAACUGAAUGGGGAGAAUUGUGGUUUGCAGGUGGUGUCAGAAAUGAAAGAAUUUGGGUUUGGAGACUUGCACUGAGGGUGCUCAGUAAGUGUGGACUGAAAUGCAAGAAAAACAAUCUGUGAGAGAAGAGAAUCGGAGGCAGUGAAUUACUCUGGAAAGCGAAGGGAAAACAUAUAAAUAAUUGUGGACUUGUGUCAAUUUACCAAUAGGAAUGAAAAAAGGACAUUUAGGUAUAAUGGGUAAAAAAGGUACAAUAAUCCAUAAUUUUAAUAAGAUUAUGGUAUAUGCAGUUAAGGAGAAUUUUAAUAAACGAAAGUAAGAGUUGAAAUUUCCAUAUAGAGUAAGGGAAUUGCAUUGAGAUUUAUAGGCUUUAACCAUUCUUGAGUGUAUUUCAACAUAUACAGCAUUAAAUUCUCUUUUGCCUGGUAAAACCCUGUAGGGUCACUGUAAAACAUUAAUUUAAAAAUUUACAUUGAUAUAAAAGCAAAUAUACUAUGCUGGGUAUUAUUUGAACGAAUAGAGCAGUUUUGGAGUGAACAUUUGUAAUAGAAUUCAUUGUAACUAAAAUUCAUUUUUGAGUAACUGAAUUGUUUAUAAAUGUGGCAGAUUAGUAUGUGUGCAUAGAUUUUGAUAAUUUGCAAUGUGGAGAGAUAUAAGUGGAGAAUUUAUUAGAGAUGAAAGUCCUGUGAAAGAAAAUAUGAUGAAAAAAAUUCUGGGAUUUUUUUUUUUUUUAUUGCUGUGUAUUUGCUCCACCUGGUGGAUUUUGUUGAAAGUGUUUUAAUCCUUGUUAAUGAAAAGAACACUCUUUAGACAAUUUCUCUGAACUAUAGGGAAAUCUUUUGUUUUAUUUUUGUUGCUGUGUAAAAUAGUUUAAUUCCUAUCUAGGUCAAAACAUUUAUGUGUCAUUUGUUCAGUUCUUUCAAUGCAUUGAAAGUAACUUUUUUUUUCAAAAUAUAAUACAUGCUCAUUUUAGAAGAUUUGGGAAAUACAGAAAAAUAAAAAAAUAGGGAAUAAAUAUUGUAUAUAAUUUCACCACCCACAAUUGCAUUAUUUUUAAGAAUAGACAUUAUCAGAAGAGAACCAGUUUGCAUUUGAAUUUAUUUAAAGAUAUCUGGAAUGUUAAAUAUUAUGCCAAAGUAUGAUGAUGAUUAUUAUUACUAUAAUUAUUUUUGGACAAAUACUAUCCUUAGAAUUCCCAGGCUCCAAAAUAAUGAAUUUAAUCAAGUUCCAUCAAGAAUUGCUUUUAUUAAGCUGCAUGUCUACAGAAGGCAAAGGUAGUGAGAUUAAAGGUAUCUCAUGCAUUCAUAGGGUUGUUCAUAGCGGUGGUAAGAUCUGUUGUUUGCUGGGCUUACACAGAUUGCUUUCUCUGGAAAUCUUAAGGAUUCAGUUGUGCUUUGAUCAUCUUAUUGUUUUCCUUAGGUUAUUCUUUUUUUCUCCUGCAGUCUCUCACAGCUCUGUAACAGAAGGUGAAGUUUUGAAAACAGUGUCUCCAUAUGCAAGGGAUUUGGAGACCUUUUUAUUGUCUUUAAAAUUGUCAUUCAUAGUCCUCAUUAGCAUUUAUUGUUGCAAGCGUACAAGCAGAAAAUGUGAAAUUGGUAUGUCAUGAAUAGCCCCACAGAGCUCUCGAGCCCUCCGAUUUUGCCUGCAGUGUGGUGUGGGCUGGGCUUUGAGGGAAAGCUGUCCAGAUGGCUGUCUGCACAGAGCAGAGCUGCAGGUUUUUGUCUCUGUUGCUGAGAGGAGGGAAAGUUCAUUGGAGCAUACGCCAUCACCCUUGCGUUUUAACAAAACUAACUCGCCAUUAGUCAAGAUGAGGAGGUGGUGACAUUGAAACAAAGGUUUUCUAUAUAGUGUUACAGUCCUUGUCAAAUGAAUAAGGGAUGGGUAGUUAGGAUGUCUUCCAUGUUACCUGAGUGAUUUUUGUAGCUGUACAAAAUAUGAGAAAACUGUAAAUGGUAACUUAUUUGCAGAUUUACAUUGCAAAUGUAUAGUUUUUAGGAAUUGUUUUAUGGGAAAUGCUUUUACUUGAAAAAAAACAACAGUUAACAUAGCUAGUGUUCAGCCUUGUGGAUUAAUAAGGAAGUGUUUUACUUAAAAAAUUUUAAUAUAAUUUAACCCCUUGCUAGUGCCUAUGCAGGAAUCUACCUUUAACUGUAUUAUUAUAGUAUGUUUAAAAUUUGUGUUUAAAUAGCAUAAAAUUUAAUCAGUGCAAGUGUUAAAAGCUGUUAUAGCAUUUCAAAAAAUUUUAAAAUAUUAGACAUUGAAAAUAAGUUGGUGGAAAUGAACUACAAUAUAUUGUCGUAUUUUAAAGGCAUUGGCACUAUCAGAAACAAUUUGUAAUAAUUACAGAUAUAGAUUUUGUUUACUUUCAGUGUGAUAUUUUGUCUUAAACAGACUUCAUUUUUGUACACAUACACAUAAAUGCACACACAACUUAAAUAUACUAAUACACACCUUUUUAUUCAUGUAUAAGAGGACAUUGUACUUCAACCAGAGUUAAAAGUCAAAUAUAUUGCUUGAAAAACUGUCAGAAUGAUAUCACUAAUAUUUUAUUCUGUAGACAUUGAAGAUGGAAAAAAGAAUAUCAUAGAGACUAUUUGGUUUAUCAGUUUAGGAAGUCAUCAUUUAAAAUAUUUUAACAUUGGAAUCUUCAAAGUACAGUCGUAGAGUCCAUUAUUAACUUACUUUAACUGAUGGAGAUGCAAAAAUCAAAGUGACCUGAGACCAUGAGUUUUACAUAAGUCAUAGGUGAAGGCUAGGGGUUGUGACUUCUAGCUCUCAGCCUGCCACUUGCCCUGGUAGAUGAGGAUUUCUAAACAGACCUACGGCAUGUCCUCCAUGGGCCACUGUGUUCUAUAGUGCUUUGUCUGACUAGUUGCAAGUGAUUCAGGCAGUAAAGCUUUUCUGCGUCUGUAAUGUCUGUAUAAUCACCUAUUAAGAUAGGUUUCCUCUAUCCAGCAUGUUUUCUUUUACUUGACUGCAUCUCAUUGCUAGCACUUAGGCUCUCUUGGACAGCCCUAAAUAACCCUUUAACCUCAUGAUGUUUAUACACCCUUCAAAUUCUUAAGAUGGCAAUAAUGUCUCCUGUUCUUUUGUCACCUAAGCAAAGUUCUUGUGAGUUCUGUGGGCUGGCUGAAAGUUGAGGAGGUGCAAAUGCUUGCCAAUCAUUUCCCCCAAAGGAAAUAUUUGAGGGAAUAGCGUAAAUGUGUUUAGUUGUUUACAACAGACAUUUAUGUAAGGGAGCUAAAAUGACAGAUAACCUCUUAACCUUGAUGGAAUACUUCAAUGAACUUUUUCACUUAGUUUUUUCUUCCCCCUCUAUCCCACUUAUUUCUUGUGGUUAGCUGUAUCUUACAUUGUAGCCUAACUAAAACAUAAACCAUUUGUGUUUUUUUGCAGACAAUGUAUAAUUGGAUUUAUCUUUGUCAGGGGACAAUCUAUUAUGGCUUUUAUUUAAUACAGUUUCAGAUGGCUUUCAGUGGCAGAAACAAAUUAAUGUACAUUUUUAUUAGGUGUUGUAUCUAUUUAAUUGACUGUCAAAGUGAUGAGAAGUUAGGAAAUCAUCCAAAAGAGAGGUCCAUCUCCCUUAGCCCAACAACUCACACAUUAGGUAGGUUUGCCUUGUCAGUGGGAUGCCUUUAGAAAACACUAAUAGCUUCCAGCUGGGUGGAAAAUCAAAACCUUUGGGGUCUGACAAAACUAGCAGAUUUGAAUUUGAAAGCAGAGCUAAUGCCUCCAUUUUAUUUUUUACCACUCGCCCAUAAAACAUUAUUUUCCAAUAUGUCAGCCUCAUUUGGUGGCCAGUGGUCUGAAAUUGAAAGUGGGACAAGCAAGCGGAGAAAUCUGGACAUUAGUGAGUCCGCCCUUUCAAGCUGGUGUGCCACUUUGUGGAAGGAUCUCCUCUAAGAGCAGGGGGGUCUUAAUGACCAUUCAUCAAUGCUCGUUGGGUGAUCAUUGAGUGCCUUCUCAUUCAGUUUAUCAAGUCUUGCACAUAAAAAGUCAGAAUAAGCCUUAUUCAGCUUUGUUAAAGCCAACUAGGAGUAAAAUGCUCCAUUUGAACCCAUUUUGCCCUUGUUUUUUCACUUUGUUAAUGCAGCCCUGCUUAAAUGAGUGCCUUUAUUGGGUCGGUUAGAAUAUCUGAAACUAUUAAUUCUCUUGUAUUGAAUAGUUGGUGGCAGGCCAGAGCAGAUGGGGUAGGAAAGUAUUUGGUUGGGUGUAUUGCUUUCAAUUAGGAUCAAUGAGGUUUCAGCUCCUUUGAAUUAACUUACUUAAUACCCACUGUGUGAAGUCACAGUGUAUCACAACAGCCUGCUAGAAGCCCAGAGGAAAGUUGAGAAGACCUGUGGAAAGGCUUUAACUCAAAUUCUCCCUUCACCAGUGUAAAGAGCUUUCCUGAACUGCAGACCAUGUCAGUAGACUGCUAGUCCCUGUUGCUAAGUCAGGUUUGAACAGAGGAAAAAUUUGUAUUUCAUGAAAGUUUUGUGGUGGACAUAAGUGAAAAAUACCUGGGAAUCAUACAAUACCAUAAUGCCUUUCUAAUGAAUGAUCUAAAGUUGUCAGAAGACAACUUAUGUAUUUGCUUUUUUGGGAGCCCAGCAUUUUGUUGUUGACUAAACUUACUGGUUUGGAAAGUGUUGAUUUAGAUGACUCUCUCUAAAAAAUUGCCUUAAAAAUGGACUGUGUUCUUAAUUCAGUGACAUACGUUAACCGAUGAGGUUCUCCUGAGGAAGUACUUAAUUGGUGAGUAAUGUAUUGUUAUUGGGAUAUAUUUUAGUUUUAUAAAAUAUGUUUCCUUAUGACAGUGUUUUGUACUGGAGAAAACUUUUGCAAUAUAUAUUGUUUUUCUCCAUUCACUUGCAUAAAUGCAUUCAUCAUGUUAUUGAUUGUCUAUUUUUAUUAUACAAUUUGGAUGUUAGAGAUCUUGGCUCCAUAUCCUCCUUUUUUUAAAUUUUUUUUUUUUUUAUGAACGAAAAGUUAUUCUGUCUGAGUAACUGUGUAGAACUAUGUAUCCAGGUUUCCCUAUUCAGGGAGAACUGCCAAAUGGGGUUCUGCUUUUCUUGCCUCCAUGGAUUAAAGAAUAAGAGGAGGAAACUGGUUUCUUCAGAAAAUGCUGAACUAGUCUCAGAUGCACACACAUUCAGCUAGGCCCCUCUGCAAUCAGACUUCUAGGUGAGAAUCUCCAGGGAUCCAGGUUUUGUUGACGUGGAUCAAUUUAAAGUGGCAAUUACUGUAGUCAGAUAACAGCUUAAAAAGCCUUUUUACACAUAGAAAAGAUACAUAAUCACACAGCAUAUGGAAGUUCAAUUGUCUGAGCUGCGGUUUAGGGACUUGCAGUGUACCGAUAUUAAGACCCCAUUUUAAAACCGGAUAUCAUCCAGUUUUCUCAAAAGUGUAUUGCAUUUUGUCAUAUGAUUUUCUAUUUUAGAAGUGAUUCACCAUGCAUAUUGAUGAAAGGUUGGGUUUCCCACUGUGAAAAUGUUUUCUUUCUAACAUAAGUAUAGUACUAAAAAAAAAAAUCAGUGGCAUGUAGCAUUAAGUGGCUUUUUAAAAAUAGUCUCUUUAAAAAUGAAAGUCUACUAAUUUAGGAUGCUGGAUUCCAUAAAGGCCCUUAUAGCAGGACUUAAUUGAUUAUCACACUCAUGCCUGCUUUAAAGCUUUCUGUCAUAAGAAUGUUUGAGCUUGGUGCUUAACUGUACUGAAAUCCAUUACAGAGAACCUCAUUACAAGUGACAUCUAACUAAGAUGAACAAAAAGAUUGGCCUCAUAAAUAGGGUGCAGUAUACUAUUAGUGACAGAACAGAGUAAUCAUUAUGAAUUGUAGUCUUUUUACAAGUUGUCUCUGACAAUGAUGGAUUUUUGAGGGGUUCGCUGGAUAAAGCAGCCCUUCUUGGGUACAGUAUUUAGGGGCUGUAGAAGUUCUUAUUGAUUGACACUGUUUAUCAAAGAGAAUAUAUUUUUAGUUUGUGCGGAGAGUGUGUGUGGGUAUGCUUUGAAACAGGUUGUGUGCACUCUUGGGAAGAGGUGUAGGAAGAUUGAGUAGGUAGAAGUCAGAGUUAUUGCCUCUGUUUUCAGAAAUUUUUGGAGAUAGCAAGUAGUGUAGAAAUCCAUCUGACAAGGGCUAAAAGCAUAUGGAAAGCGUAGAGUAAGUAAAGGACAUGUUGAGGACUGAAGGAAUAGCAAGAGUUAACGGGAAUGCUCCUGUCUAUCAUGUUCAUUGAGCUUGCAGGCUGAUCAGAGGACCCUGAGUGGAAUUGUUGCUGUGUUGAUAGUGGAUUGUGCAUAUGAUGGAAAGGUAAAGCCUGAGGCAGCUACCUCAUCAUGUGCCCUGUUGUUGAAACAAACACAGACCUAGGAAAGAUUUGCAAGUGUAAAACUGAGAAAGAGUUUUGGGAGAGAACAGUAUUUUCCUUCUGCCUGGCAUUGUUGUGUGUUUAGAAAAGGCAUGCAAGGCAGGCAGGCGUGUGUUUCUCCUAUGAGGCAGGGAUGUUUUACAAAGGACUAAAGAGGGACUGCUGAGAAGAAAAUAGCCAGCUUUAGAUAAAGCACUAUAACAAAGGCUUCUAGUUUUAUAUAUCAUGGUGUCCAUUAAAGCUUAAUAGGGAAGAGUCCAUUGAACCUGACUGGGUAUGUGUUAUUCAUGGGAAGGAUAAACAUUUAGGGGUGUGCAAAAAAAUCAGGAAUCAGGAGGACAUGAUUGUUCAGCUUUUGAAAAGGCUUUACAAUGAAGAUUUUGUUUUUAUCUCCCAUGGAUCUCUAUGCAAGGUAGAGGAAAGUAAGCUGAAAAUGUUUGGAGCAUAUCAACCCAGGGAUCCCAGGGGGUUAAAAGCACUCGAGUAAAAUAAAAGUGGUCAGCUCAGCUUCUAAAAAGUGUUCUAUUUUACACAUACUACUGAGAAGCUGACAAAAGGAAUGAUUCUGAUACUUUGUGCAGGAUGAUAAACUAGCACAAUAUACAAAGUCUUAUAAAAAUGUUUGUAGGCUGUUUGGGAUUUCCAGUUGAAUAAACAGGCUUUGAGUUCUGUACCUUUUUUUUUUUAAUACAGUUCCCAAUUAUGGCUAUGAAAAUGAGAAGAUGAAGGGAAGCCUUUUAUUGUGAGGGGUGGUAGGGGGCCAGGUCUACAUUUCUAUCUUUUGGCAAAAUAAGGGUUAACCUUGAGCAGGAUGGGGGUGGUGGUGAAUAAAUUAUUCGGCAUUUAGCUUAUCAUUCUGAAUUUCACUUUUUGCUUUUUGGUGCUCUGAAACUUGCAGAGAGAGGUGGAGUGCUAAGGGGAGGGUAGGGGUUGUGAUACUUUGCACACACAUCCCUGUCAUUGUUCUGCCUAAAGAGACAGGGCUGGGUUCAAGGCCACAUGUGCUCCUGUCAUCCUCCACAUUUCUGCUCCAAGUGCAAUCCGGAGUGUCAGCUCUCCAUCUGUCUCUGCCUGGCAGGCGCACGCGCCCAGCACCCUGCCUCCGGCGAUGCCGCCCCAGCCCCUCUGAUGGCCCUCCUCUCUGCUGCCACUCAUUCCAGAACAGGAGGCAUGAGCCCGGAACGCGCUUGCUUUUAGGAGACAGCCACUUUCUGUGUGGUACGCUGGAUUCAAGGAUGCCUGAUCGUACUGAGAAGCACUCCACAAUGCCAGACUCACCUGUGGAUGUGAAGACGCAAUCUAGGCUGACUCCUCCAACGAUGCCACCUCCCCCAACUACUCAAGGAGCUCCAAGAACCAGUUCAUUUACACCGACAACGUUAACUAAUGGCACGAGCCAUUCUCCUACAGCCUUGAAUGGCGCCCCCUCGCCACCCAAUGGCUUCAGCAAUGGGCCUUCCUCUUCUUCCUCCUCCUCUCUGGCUAAUCAACAGCUGCCCCCAGCCUGUGGUGCCAGGCAACUCAGCAAGCUGAAAAGGUUCCUUACUACCCUGCAGCAGUUUGGCAAUGACAUUUCACCCGAGAUAGGAGAAAGAGUUCGCACCCUCGUUCUGGGACUAGUGAACUCCACUUUGACAAUUGAAGAAUUUCAUUCCAAACUGCAAGAAGCUACUAACUUCCCACUGCGACCUUUUGUCAUCCCAUUUUUGAAGGCCAACUUGCCCCUGCUGCAGCGUGAGCUCCUCCACUGCGCAAGACUGGCCAAACAGAACCCUGCCCAGUACCUCGCUCAGCAUGAACAGCUGCUUCUGGAUGCCAGCACCACCUCACCUGUUGACUCCUCAGAGCUGCUUCUCGAUGUGAACGAAAACGGGAAGAGGCGAACUCCAGACAGAACCAAAGAAAAUGGCUUUGACAGAGAGCCUUUGCACUCAGAACAUCCAAGCAAGCGACCAUGCACUAUUAGCCCAGGCCAGCGGUACAGUCCAAAUAACGGCUUAUCCUACCAGCCCAAUGGCCUGCCUCACCCUACCCCACCUCCACCUCAGCAUUACCGUUUGGAUGAUAUGGCCAUUGCCCACCACUACAGGGACUCCUAUCGACACCCCAGCCACAGGGACCUCAGGGACAGAAACAGACCUAUGGGGUUGCAUGGCACACGUCAAGAAGAAAUGAUUGAUCACAGACUAACAGACAGAGAAUGGGCAGAAGAGUGGAAACAUCUUGACCAUCUGUUAAACUGCAUAAUGGACAUGGUAGAAAAAACAAGGCGAUCUCUCACCGUACUAAGGCGGUGUCAAGAAGCAGACCGGGAAGAAUUGAAUUACUGGAUCCGGCGGUACAGUGACGCCGAGGACUUAAAAAAAGGUGGCGGCAGUAGCAGCAGCCACUCUAGGCAGCAGAGUCCCGUCAACCCAGACCCAGUUGCACUAGACGCGCAUCGGGAAUUCCUUCACAGGCCUGCGUCUGGAUACGUGCCAGAGGAGAUCUGGAAGAAAGCUGAGGAGGCCGUCAAUGAGGUGAAGCGCCAGGCGAUGACGGAGCUGCAGAAGGCUGUGUCUGAGGCGGAGCGGAAAGCCCACGACAUGAUCACAACAGAGAGGGCCAAGAUGGAGCGCACGGUCGCCGAGGCCAAACGGCAGGCGGCGGAGGACGCGCUGGCAGUUAUCAAUCAGCAGGAGGAUUCAAGCGAGAGUUGCUGGAAUUGUGGACGUAAAGCGAGUGAAACCUGCAGUGGCUGUAACACAGCCCGAUACUGUGGCUCAUUUUGCCAGCACAAAGACUGGGAGAAGCACCAUCACAUCUGUGGACAGACCCUGCAGGCCCAGCAGCAGGGAGACACACCUGCAGUCAGCUCCUCUGUCACGCCCAACAGCGGGGCUGGGAGCCCGAUGGACACACCACCAGCAGCCACUCCGAGGUCAACCACCCCGGGAACCCCUUCCACCAUAGAGACAACCCCUCGCUAGACGUGAACUCAGAACU